UUUCAGCCUACAAGGAGAAAAUGAAGGAGCUGUCUCUGCUCUCCCUCAUCUGCUCCUGUUUCCACACCCAGCCCCAUCCUAAUACCAUCUACCAGUAUGGAGAUAUGGAGGUGAAGCAGCUGGAUAAGAGGGCAUCAGGCCAGAGCUUUGAGGUGAUCCUGAAGUCCCCUUCAGAUUUAUCUCCCGAGAGCCCGAUCCUUUCCUCCCCCCCCAAGAAGAAGGACCUCUCCCUGGAGGAGCUGCAGAGGAGGCUGGAGGCUGCAGAAGAGAGGAGGAAGACCCAGGAGGCGCAGGUGCUGAAGCAGCUGGCGGAGAAGCGGGAACACGAGCGGGAGGUGCUGCACAAGGCGCUGGAGGAGAACAACAACUUCAGCCGCCUGGCCGAGGAGAAGCUCAACUACAAGAUGGAGCUGAGCAGGGAGAUCCGCGAAGCACAUCUGGCCGCCUUGAGGGAGCGGCUCCGCGAGAAGGAACUGCACGCGGCUGAAGUUCGCAGGAACAAGGAACAGCGGGAGGAGAUCUCUGGAUAAAGGGCUUUUCUACACAUCUAGCACCUGAUUCCUGUUAACAAACCAACCAAUCGACCAACCCACACAUUUUAUUUUGUUUGUCUAGAUGCGACAUUCGGUUCUCCAUCCCCCCCUUCCCCGGUGUUUGUCCCCCAGCUACACGCUUCUCUAUCUCUGCAUCCUUAAUCGUCAGUACUUGUGGGGAUUCACAGAUCAUAGGGACCUCUAAGCAGAAUAGCAACUAGUUCACAUGAAAUAGAGAAUUGAUCAGUCAAUCAAACAGCUUCUUUGGAGGGUUUUGUCCUUUUUUAAAAAAAUAUUUCUUAAACUGAUGUAAAA